UACUGAUCCCCGGAUUCCAUGGUCGUUCUUGGAUGCCGUCGCGCCUCAGCUAACCCGGUCGCCUGGGAGUGGGGACUUCCCUGGGGUGUAUGUAAACCUAGGCUACCAGAGGGAUCGAUUUUUAGGCGUAGGUGAUGCUUAAUCUGUUUCAACAGAGUCGAUAUGUGAUUGGUCAUUGGAGAAAGUAAUAACUAUAAACCAACGACCGGUUUAGUAUUUCUUUUGCUUGGGCUGUUGAUUUAUUUUAUGCGAAGAAUAAUAUUAGAACUUCUGUAAGUUAAUUGUUGUUUAAUCACAUAUCAGUCUGAUGUUUGGGGUAAUGUUUAUGUUGAGUUCGAUGUUCUCUUGUCUUGACUAAAGCCUAUUUUGCCCCCUCCCAAAAAAAAGCCUAUUUUGCCAAAUCUGUUCCUGAGGUUAUCUCUAUAUAUGCUGUUGGUGGUGUGUUGAGAUUUGGCAGUUCUUUUUGGUAAUACUCCCUCCGUCCCAUAAUGUAAGACGUUUUUUGACACACAUUGGAGCGUUGUUGUUAAAACUGGGGUAGGAGAUUUUAUUGGUUCAUAAUGUCGCUUGAUUAUUCGAGUACCUAUGGUCUCCAUUUGUGGUAUCCAUGUAUUGUUUUGUGAUUUUAGAGCUUUUCUGUGUUCCUCCCCAAAAAAAAGACUCAGGGUGAAUGGGUUAUUGAAUGAGAGGUCUAUUUGAUGUUAUUCCUUUGAUAUGAUGAAAGCUUACUUCGUGGGAGUUAGCUUUAUCUGGACACUAGAAAAGGAUUUCGCUGGGCAUGUGAAUUACAUGUUGACCUUGGAUAAGGAUAAAGAGUUCAAAAUUGAUUGGAAGAGGGUUGGCAUCACAAGUUCAUUUGGAUUUGCUUUCGUUGGACCCGUGGGACAUUACUGGUAUGAAUACUUGGAUCGUAUGGUCCGACGAAGAUACCUGCCUGGUUCGUUCAAAUUUGUAGCCUCAAAGGUUGCAGCGGAUGGUCUCCUCUUUGGGCCGCUAGAUCUGGGGCUGUUCUUCUCUUAUGUGGGCCUUGCUUCAGGAAGGAGUCUGGAGCAGGUGAAGGAUGAUGUGAAGAGGGACAUCAUUCCUGCUCUGGUUUUAGGGGGAGCCAUCUGGCCGGCUGUGCAGAUUGCAAACUUCCGCUUCAUUCCCGUGCGAUACCAACUGCUCUAUGUGAACUUGUUCUGCCUGUUAGACAGUUGUUUCUUGUCAUGGAUCGAGCAACAAGGAGAUGCGGCUUGGAAGCAAUGGUUCACAUCGUUCCAGAAGAAAAUCGAAGACCAGAAGAGCAACGCUUGAUCUGAAUCAUGAUUGAAGAAGAUGCUUGACCAGAAGUUAGCUUCUGUCAUUUUGACCGAUAUAUCCAGGAAGUAUGUGGAGUUCUGGUGGGCAGCGGCUGUUUAUGUGGAGUUCUGGUGGCCAGCAAUACUGGGCGUCACUGUCAUGUGGAGAUGAUCUUUGUUUCUUCCACAACCUCAAUGAGAAGGCAAUGCUCUCGUUUAACUUUUUGUUUCGUAACCGAGCAUUUGUUCAUGCUGUUUGUUUGACCCGCAGAGCGCGUACUUUUAACGAGUAUUCACUGUAUUCAUCGUGCUGUGGAAACAUGCUACUCAUAAAUAUGCAAUGGCGCCGAAAACUUUCUACUGUU